GGUUACCGGCUUUUAUUUUGACAGCUAGCACAGACGUGACCCGGAAGUGAUCUUUAAUGUUGAUACUCGAGAAAAAUGGCGGCACAGAGAGAUAGUGAUGAAAAGAAAGGUGAUGGAGAGGAUGUGUCCUCAGUUAUGGGCUUCUCUGGUUUUGGUAGAAAAGCUCGGACCUUCGACUUGGAGGCUAUUUUCGAGCAGACUCGGAGGACGGCCAUUGAAAGGAGUCAGCGGGUUUUAGAAGACCGUCAGCAGCCGGAGUCUCAGGGUUCAGGUCCCAGUGCUGCCUCCUCCAGGACGUCUGCCUCCAGCCAAAAACAAAGAGCGUCUGCUUCCACUUCCAGGAAGAAGGAGAGUGACGACAGCAGUGACAGCAGUGACUCUGAGCUCAUUGGUCCUCCUCCUCCUCUUCCUCCAUCCGCUCUCUCUGCACAGGCUGAUGAUGAUGAUGAUGAUGAUGAGCCGAUUGGACCUCCGCUCCCACCAGGCUUCAGCCGCACCUCAGCUGAUGAUGAUGAUGAUGAUGAUGAUGAUGAUGAUGAUGACGACCCCAUGGCAGAGGAGGAUGAUGACCCAGUAAAGAAGAUUCCAGACACUCAUGAGAUCACGCUUCAGCAUGGUACAAAGACAGUCUCAGCACUGGGUCUCGACCCAUCUGGCGCUCGGCUGGUCACUGGUGGCUACGACUACGACGUCAAGUUCUGGGACUUUGCCGGGAUGGAUGCAGCGCUGCAGGCUUUCAGGUCCCUACAGCCUUGUGAAUGUCACCAGAUCAAAUCCUUGCAGUAUAGCAUAACCGGUGAUGUGAUCCUGGUGGUGGCAGGAAACUCCCAAGCAAAAGUCCUGGAUCGGGAUGGAUUCCAAGUCCUAGAGUGCAUCAAAGGGGACCAGUAUAUUGUGGACAUGGCCAAUACCAAGGGACACACGGCCAUGCUGAACAGCGGCUGCUGGCACCCCAAGAUCAAAGAGGAGUUCCUCACCUGCUCCAACGACGGAACUGUGCGGACCUGGGACCUGAACAACGACAAGAAGCACAAGUCUGUAUUCAAGCCUCGAUCAAUGCAGGGCAAGAGAGUAACCCCCACCUGCUGCACCUACAGUCGAGAUGGCAAGCUGAUCGCUGCAGGCUGCCAGGAUGGUACCAUCCAGAUCUGGGACAGAAACUUAAGCGUUCAUACCAAGUUCCAUUGCCGGCAAGCCCAUGCUGUCGGCUCGGACACAUCUUGCCUCACCUUCUCCUAUGAUGGAACCACGCUGGCUUCACGAGGAGGGGAUGACACUCUAAAGACAUGGGACAUUCGCAACUUCAAGAAGCCUCUCAAUGUUGCCACGGGGUUGUGCUCAUACUUCCCAAUGACAGACUGCUGCUUCAGUCCUGAUGAUAAACUCCUGGUGACGGGUACUUCAGUGAAGCGAGACCAAGGGAACGGCAAACUGGUCUUCUUUGACAGAGAGUCCUUCAAGAAAGUAUACGAGAUCGAGGUGGCUAGUGCGAGUGUGGUCCGCUGUCUCUGGCAUCCGAAGCUGAACCAGAUCAUGGUCGGGACGGGGAACGGCCUGGCCAAAGUCUACUACGACCCAGUCAGGAGCCAGAGGGGUGCCAAACUUUGUGUGGUGAAGAGCAAGAGGAAGGAGAAGCAGGCUGAGACGCUGACGCAGGACUACAUCAUCACCCCCCACGCUUUGCCAAUGUUCCGCGAGGCCAGACAGCGCAGCACCAAGAAGCAGCUGGAAAAAGACCGACUGGACCCUGUGAAAUCCCACAAGCCCGAGCCGCCCGUGUCCGGCCCAGGCAGGGGGGGUCGCGUGGCAGCCCACGGAGGCACCCUGUCAUCCUACAUCGUGAAGAACAUCGCUCUGGACAAGACAGACGACAGCAACCCCCGCGAGGCCAUCCUGCGCCACGCCAAAGAGGCCGCAGAGAACCCCUUCUGGGUCGCUCCUGCGUACAAAAUGACUCAGCCCGAUCCCUUGUUUGCGGAGGAAGAAUCCGAGGAUGAGGAGGCCAGCAAGGAGCCCGAGUGGAAGAAACGCAAGAUCUGAAAACUGCUUUACUCUCCUGAAAUCGGUGGAGUUACCACCAUGUGUAUAUUUUGCCAUAACCAUGUUCAGGACUUCAUCACUUGUUUUAGUGUGUGUUUGUGUGGUAUGAAAGAGAGAAAGAAAUUGAAUGAGUGAGAGAGAGAGAGAGAGAGAGAGCGACAGCAUCAGCAUCAUGCAGUGCUCAUGUGUAACUGAUUUUCAUACUAGGUAGAAGUACUGAAUGUACAGAAUGUUGGUUUGGAUACAUUUUUGUAGUAGUUUGGUUUUAAAGAUUUUCACUUCGUAUUUUUGUUUCAUGUUGCAAAAUAAACACGCAGCGUGUGUGGUCAGUGCACGCGUUUGUAUUGGGAAAAGCA